GGCCAUUUUCUCCCAACAUAGAUGGAAAAAAAAAGAUUUUUUUUAGUUUGAAGUAGAAAUUGAAACUUUUCCCAAUUUUCACGUGAAAAACGUAUAUUUUCCGUGGAAAUAGCCUAAAAGCUGUAGUGCCAAACGAUAUUUACAAAGUUUAUGUGCCUUUUGGUGAGAAAAAACAUUGAGAGAUGUGAUAAAAAUGGGCAAUGACCGCAUCUGCUUUGCGAAAUUAUGUCAAUAAUCUGCAGAAGAAUGCGAUAAAGACUUUUCCUUUGCACUUUACGCUGGAGUGAAUUUAUCCUCUGCAUCUGCUGUGCUGCUUCAUUCGCAAAGGGAAAUUGGUGAAAAAUGCAUCGGCGCCGCAAAAAGCGACCCAAUUACGGGACUCGCACGGUUGAGGUGUGUCGUGGCAUAAAUGGUUUUGGCUUCACUAUUUCUGGCCAGCAGCCGUGCAUCUUGUCGUGCAUUGUGAACAAUUCCCCAGCAGAUCUGGCGGGUCUCCGUGCUGGGGACUUUCUAAUCAAUGUGAAUGGGCUAAACGUAUCAAAACUCCCCCAUGAGGCAGUUGUUCAGUUAAUCGGGAAUUCCAGUGGCAGCAUCCGUAUGACCAUUGCUGAGAACUACUUCUCCGACAGCUCCGAUGAGGAUCCAAUUAACACCCACACAAAUGUUCAGCGCGUACGGCCAAAGUACCAGAAUAAAAUUAAGGCAAAUCGGGGUCUCAUGAGACGCACCAUGGAGGACAGAAAUAGCCCAUCCACCAUCCUGUCGGAUUUUGCCCUGCACAACCUGGCAUUGAGACAAAUCCGUGAAAAUGAGACUCUCCUGCCAACGUCUCCAACAGGGCAUGAUAUUAUCCUGAGCCCAACUGCGAGUGACAACAAAGACGUCCGUAAUGUGAGUGCAAUGGUCAGGGCUAGCAAUAAAGCACGAGAGGAGGCGCGUGCAAAGGCGCUGGCGCCCAAAAUGAAUCGCCUCCGUGAGUAUCGAGUGAUUGUGGGCUAUUUGGGAACUGUGGAGGUGCCACGACAAAUUUCCAUGACUGGAUCGAAGCUCCAAACUGUGCGUGGGUGCAUUAGGAAGUUGAGACAUGAAAAGAGAGGCUUCACCACGGUUCUCAUGACAAUCCUACCCAAUUGUAUGACUCUCAAGAAUUGUGGAGAUAUUCUCCUGGCCACAUUCCCCGCAGGAACCAUUAACUAUGUCAGCAGUGGCUCCCAGAGUGACAAUAGAUUUUUCGGCAUCAUAACAUCGGGACUUUACUCCGAUGGACUAAUGUGUGACCCCACGGAAGUAAUUUUAAGGCACACGCCAUCCCACAGCUGUCAUGUAUUUGCAAUUGACACGAGAAUCACUGAUCACUCCUGGCACUUUGAGAAAGUUAACCAAUUCAAGAUCACCUGCUCGCGAGAUCCACUUACAAACACCUGCCAAGAAGUGCCGAGUACAUCGGAAUAUGUGGUUAACUUGAUCCGCAGUAUGUACACGCUAAAGUCAUCCGGAAGUCGUCAGGAGGCGGGGAUGCCAUUCCGUUCAAAACCACCCCUGGGCCGGGGGCUUCACAUGCCACGUUCUAUUGAGCAUCGUCUCAAUCCACGUGCACUCGAUGAUCAUGAUUUCAUGGCAAACUCUCCGCAGCCUAGCAAUCACAGUGAAAUCACAACGACUUCCAGCAAUUCUGAUUCUGGGAUUGGCUUCCACAACGAUUGUCCCAACAUCUCAGAUCGUGUACUCGUUGUGGACUUUCCGGGGAUUCAGAAUCACAAACUCAUUCCCAGUUUCCGUCCCAAUCCCAUUGGCAGCAGUGACACAUCGUUGCGUUCAUGCGGAUUGUCCAGUGCACAACAGGAAGUUGAAUCUCUUGGCCACAAUUCAUCCAUUGUGGAAUCCAUUGAGGGGAAACUCAAACCCCAGCAUUCCAAAUCCAAAUCUGCCGACAAUACACCACGCCCCUCAACGUCCAGUGACACCGAUCCACGUCUCACAGUGAGAGCCAUGCCUGAUCCAAAAAUACUCAGUGGUAUGUCCAGGGAUGAUUCUACGGGCUAUGAAACUGUCUUCCCGAAUUUGCCACUCAAAUAUUGGCUUUCCGGCAAAGCCAUCGAUGACGAUGGGAAUCUCGUGCAAGAACGUCCAGUUGAUGUGCCCACAUCAUAUGGAGAUACAGCAAACCGUCCAUUUAGCUGUGACAUCACGGAGUUGGAGCAGAAGCGAAAGAACUUCCUGCAGAUGGCUCGCUCCUGUAAUGACAUAAUAUUAUCAUUUGAAAAAGAAUUUGAUCGUAAAGUGAAUCUCACGAAGAAUCGUCCAUCCAUCCAAAUGUCCAUGGAUGAUGUAUCCGUCCGGGAAAUUGAAUCUAAAUCACCUAAAGUGCCUGACCAUGAUCACGUUUUCCUGCCGCCGAAACCAGUGAAGAAACCACGAAAAAUGCACGAAGGGCGAAAAAGUAGCAACAUGAACAAAAUUAUGUCGUACAAAUUGAGUCCAAAAGUCUUUGGGCUAUCGCGUCCCAUGUCAGCGAGUCUCGAGAAUAUUGCCAGAACUUUUGCCAAGAAGAAUUCAUCAGAUACGAAGGAGACAUCAUCAUCAAUUUAUGGAAGUUUGAAAGAUUUACAAAAUAUCGAUCUUUCACCGCGACAGAAUCUCCUGGACAGCAAUGCCUACAGCGAACCUGAUUUACGUUCCAAUGACGAUGCUCGUGCACUUCCUACCAAUUCGGGUAAUUCACCGUUCAAACGAUGGGGUCAAUCGUCAUUUAGAUCACGAUCAAAUGAACAACGAAAUCUCCUGCCAAGAAGGCCAUCAUCACUUGCAGCCUCAGAGAGUGAUGUCUACACAAAGUCCAUCAAUGGGGACAUUGCAACGGGAAGAAUUGAAGGGGAAUUCUCAGAUGCAGGCAAUGGUACGUGUGGCGGUGUUUCCGGAUGGAGUAAUUCAUUUGAGCGAUUGCUCGAGGACACAGCUGGUCUUCAUGCUUUUGCGGAAUUUCUCAAAAAGGAAUUUUCAGCUGAGAAUAUCUACUUUUGGACUGCCUGCGAACGCUACCGUCAGAUUGAGGAUCAGCAUGAAAGGGCAAAGGAAGCCCAAGAAAUUUUUGCUAAACAUCUCGCCUCAACUGCCCAGGAACCUGUAAAUGUGGAUUGUCAAGUGAGGAAUACAGCUGAAGAGAAUCUUCAGAGUGCCAGUAUUGAUCUCUUUGAAGCGGCACAAAAGCAAAUUUUCAAUUUAAUGAAAUUCGACAGCUAUGCACGUUUUAUUCGGUCAGAUCUAUUCAAGAGUUGUCUGGAGGCUGAAUCAAAGUGCAAACCUCUCCCCUAUCCGGGUGAUCAAUUGGAUGCGGGUCUAAGGACGGGUCCUGUUGUUCCUACACCGUCCAAAUUGAAGAAAUCCUUGAGUAAUGCUGAGGAUCGUCGACGAAAAUCCCUCUUGCCAUGGCACCGAAAGACACGUUGCAAGUCAAAGGAUAGAGAUGAGGCAAAUCGUCAUUUGAGUGGAGGCAGUAAGAGUGGUGGGAGUAGUCUCCGUGUGCCACUAAUGAACUCCAAUAGUGAUCUCCACAGUUCCCGUAGCUCUUUGUCCAGCUUCGAUGCAGCCAUCACCAAGCUCAAUACCAAUAAUGAUUCCGAGGAGGGAAAGAGUACAUUGUGCCGCGUAAUUUUGCCAGAUGCUGCAACAACGAUCGUUCAAACACGAUCUGGGGAGACAGUGCGAGAGUUGGUGGAUCGUUUACUGGAGAAACGGGGACUCACCUACAAUUGCUACGAAGCCUUCUUGGCGGGUUUCAGUAAACCCCUCGAUUUGGAGGAAUUGUCACGAAAUGUUGCCGGGAAGGAGAUACAAAUUGAACAGAGGGUUGUCUUCAAGUUGGAUCUGCCCAAUAGGAAGGUGAUCUCCGUGAAGAGUAAACCAUGCAAAUUCCUCGAAGAUGUCCUCAGACCUAUUCUUCACAAAUACAACUAUCGCCUUGAGAUGAUUCAAGCCUUUGGGAAGGAGUCACCUGAUGCAAUAAAUAUGAAAAUUGCGGUAACAACAAUUGAUGGACAGAGAUUGCAAAUAGCGAUUAAGGGUGCCGAUGGCGGUAGCAAUGUGAAGCAAAUGAGUAAAUUAGUGACUACCGCAAGCAUAGAUGGUGGUGGCAAUUGUGAUGUUGCGCAAUUGAAGAAUACUCCGGUAAUGCAGCAACAGCAACAGCAUCCGUGCAUGACUGGUAACUUCAAUCAGAGCACUCUCGAUGAGAUCACCAAUAAAGUGUUCAAUGAGUUGCUCCAGGGAAAGGUGGAAACAAUGGCUGGAACAGCUGGAGCUGCUGGACUGGAAAAUCCUUUGUCAAGAGCUACGGUUGAUCAACUUUCCAUGAAGUCUGAGGAAUGGGGAUCGGAAACUUCAUCGGGAAUAUUUACUCGUGCCCGUCGUCAUGAGCUACUCCUGAAGCAUCGUGGACGGAAGAUGCCACAGUCACAGAAGAACUCCCAAACGGAAUCGGAGGAUAAUGCAGAUGGUACGAAGAAGCCACUAAUUGCAAAAUGGAAAAGCGGUGCAAAGUUGCAAGUGACGACACGCAGUAGCCCAGGUGGGGAUGACCUCCUAGAGGGCUUAAAGAGAGCACAACGAUCUCGGCUGGAAGAUCAGCGUGGCACGGAGAUUAAUUUUGAAUUGCCCGAAUUUCUGAGAAACAAAGAAAACAUGAACAACAAUAAGAGUCGCCGUGAGAGUCGGUACGAUGACGGGGGCAGUGAGGUGGAUGGCAUUCAACGGAGAGAUUCAAAUGAUCGUGUCUCUGGUUUCCCACCUAGACCGCAGCCAGCGCCCAGGCUCUCAAUAAUAAACAAUAACAAUCAUGCGAAUUGUGGACUUUCACCGCGCACUCCACCACCGUCCACGAGUCUCGUGGGUAAUAACAAUGAGAUGGCCACAAGUGGUGGGGGAAAUUACACCAACUCAGCGGCCAUUGAGAGAUCACUGCUCCAGCUAUUGGAGUCAUCGCCGCCACAGCCAUCGGGACGGAGUGAUUCGGAGAAAUUCGACAAUAGUCCCUAUUUGACGCCAUCACGAACGGGAUUCACAGACCCGGAGCUCUUCUAUGGGCGCCAUAGUGGCGAUAGGAAUGCCUUCCGGCAUGGAGAUCUACUCAAUUCGAGCUUCAGUAGUACAACGACAAAUAACAGUACCCAUUACUUUGAAGAAAUGGGAGGUGGCUUUGGGGGUGCAGAGAUGGAUGUGCAGACAGGAGGAGGAGCUCGAGGACCACCACCAUUGCCGCCAAAGCCCAAAGUAGUCCCAAUGAAACCAUCAAACUGGAGUCAGAGUACUCAACGGCAGAAACAGUCGAAAAUGUCACCAACAAGUGGCAUUGAGGAUGUCUUCAAGAUGCCCGUAGAGAUGCCACGGAUGAGUGAAAACACCAGAAAGCAGAAAAAUGCGUAUUUUGAUCAGCCCAGCAGUAGUUUUGUCUAACAUGGGCUUUCUCAUCAUUUCGACAUAUUUUUUUAGCUUAUAGUGGAAUUUACUAGUAUCUAAUGAACUCUACUUUUAUUCUUCGACAUUUUUUUUUACACAAAAUCCCUUCGGCAGCCUUAUUGAUGAUUAUUUUAUUUAUGCUUAAAAUUGAGGAUUUGAUGAAGAAGAAAUGCAGAAGUGAGCAUUAAGGCUGUCCAGAGAGCAUUAUCCUUUUGUUAGCGUUUAAGGUGGAAAUAUAUUAUAAGUAUUGGAAAAAGUGCCAAUCGAGGGAAAUUUUCUGAAAGAAAUUUUUGGACGUUUUUUUGAGUAUUGAUAAGAAAAAUAAUUUAUAUACAACACUCUUCUAUAUGGAUAUUCUAUAUUUUAUAUCAAAUAAAAUAAUUAUACAAUAUACUAAUUUACGCCGUG